AGCCGAAUGAUUGUACAGGACUUGUAUAAAAGCUCUGCUGUGACCAGGACUUAUCAUUCUCAGUUUACUGUGUAACAAAAACAAACGUAUCGAAAUGGCAUCUAAGUUUGUUGUUCUUGCUCUGUUGGUGGCGGCUGCUCAAGGCAGUGCUAUCCACGGUAACUACAACAGCUUCUCCUAUGGAGUAGCUGACCCCCACACCGGUGAUGUGAAGAGCCAGCACGAGACCCGUGUCGGCGACAACGUGGUCGGCCAGUAUUCGCUUUUGGAAUCUGAUGGCACCCGCCGUACAGUUGACUACGCCGCUAACUCUCACACUGGAUUCAAUGCUAUCGUACGCAAAGACCCUGCUCUUAUCGGACAUGUCGCUCCUGCUGUCGUCGCUGCCGCCCCCUUGGCUCACGCUGCGCCUCUCGCAUACGCCGCCGGUGUUGCCCCUUUAGCCCAUGCUGCCCCAAUCGCGUACGCUGCUGGCCCUGGCGUAUCCUACUCCGCAUUCUCUACCUCAGUAGCUCACGGAGGAGUUGCUGCUCCCUUGGCUCACGCGGCGUACGCCACUCCCUUGGCUCAUGGUGCAAUUGCUGGUCCUCUGGGCCAUGGUAUCGCUGGUCCUGUCGCAUACGCCGCACCUUUAGCCCAAGGUGCAUACGGUGUGCAUGGUCUUGGUGUCCAUGGUCUUGGCGUCCAUGGUCUUGGCGUCCAUGGUCUCGGCCACUACUAAGCGUUGAUAUAAGAAUUUAUUUAUGUACCUACCUAAUUAUUAAUUUCGACGAUGGUUAUGAAUGAUGAAUGGUGAACAUGCUGUGAUCAAAUAAAAUCUUUUUACAAGUG